AUGGGUAUCUUCUCAAACGACAUGGCCAAGUCAAACAAAAAGACGGAAGCCGCCGCUGGCGCCGAGGCAGACGUGGAGAAGCCCCUGCCGGAGCCCAAGCGGCCCGGCACCAGCGGCACCGAGAUGAUGCUCACGACGACGCGGCGCCAGGCCUCUGCCAAGCUCAAGGCCGCGUCGCAGGCCGAGCGCGCGUACAAGGCAAAGAAGCGCUCCGCCGCCGCCCGCGCCAACCUUGACGAGGCCAAGGGUCACUUUGGCGAGACGUUCAAGCACAUCGUCACCGGCUCCAAGCUCAUGGCCUCGGUCGUCCGCUCAGUGCCUUACAUCUUUAGCAACAAGGCCGAGCAGCGCCGCGCAAAGGCUGCCGAGUCCAAGCGCGCCGCCGCCCUCGAGAAGCGCAAGAAGCUCGAGGAGAAGCUGGCAAAGGAAAAGGAGGAGGCUGAUGCCCUCGCCGAUCAGAAUGCCGGCGAGGGUCCUAGCAACUCGUCAUAG